CUUUUUCGGUAUUUUCGAUAUUUCCGAUAUGGUACGUCGGACGCGAAAACAAAAAUUAAAAUUAAAAAAUUGAAAAAGAUAGGCGGACGUGUACAUAUUUAGUGUGUUGUAAGAAAACUUCAAAGCCGAUAUCUUCACUUGAUCAAAGAAGCAGCAUAUAGUGUGCAAGCAGUCCGAUAACCUGCCCUAGUAUUUAAACAAAAGAGAAAUUUUUUGCGUGGUCACCAGUCAUUGCUAUUGGCGUUGCAGUCUUCUGUUUGGGAAGUUGUUGCGCUCCUUACCGUGUCCGGACUGAGAUCGACGGCGUUACGUCUGGAAAGGAGACAAAGAAGGACAAGACAGCAGGUGUAACUCUGAUUUGCGAGGCUAAGUUUUUCAGCUGAAGGGGCAAAGGAAAAACUACGCAACAAACAAACAAAAACAGCGGAAAACCCAAACUGCGCAUCGCUUCAAGACGGAUCGGAGAAAUGCCGGAAGAAGAGCCUCCGCAGAAGCCCAUGGAAGAAGGGGAGGAUGAGGAACAAGAGCAGGAUCAGGAUCAGGACCAGGACCAGGAGCAUGACCCUGAGCCAGAGCAGGCUGAGCUUCAGCAGCAGCAACAACAACAAGAGGACCAGCAUCAACUGGGAAAACCUGGUGAAGAUCAAUCGCAAAUGCCGGUGGGGGAGACAGUUGUCGCCGAAUUAACUGCCGAAGAGAUCCGAGAGCGCCGUCUUCGCACCCUAGCCGCUCGAAGUGGCCUGCAGACUACCCCAAAUACGCUGAGCUCAGUCACUCCCAGCCCGGAGAAGGCUCCCCGUACACAGGCAAACGUUUCUGGAGAGUCUCGUUUGGUUCGCGAUGCUACCCCAAGCAACAAAAACAUACCCAGCCUUUCAACAAAUGCAGUUCCCAGUGCUGCCUGGCAAAACCUCGACGGCAAGCAAGACAUGGAUGUAGAAAUGAAGUCGGUGGCGUCGACUCCACAGCAGGACGUGGAAAUGGCGGCCGCUCCAAAGGACGAGUUACAAAGCUGCACGAUCAAAUCUAGAUCCCAGGGGCCCAUGGCAGCGGCUAGCAGUCCGGUUAAGAGUGUGGAUGAGCAAAACGAACAGAUGUUGUCCCGUCUAUUGAACGCUACUUGGAACGAGUUUGGCAGCGGAUCCAUUAUCUGCGCUCAGAGCGCGAGCUUUCUGGAGCAGCAGCCAGAUCGCAGAUUCGAUUUCGAGUGCAUUGUUUCCAACGUACUUAUGGAAGCAGCCUUAAAAAUUUACAACGAUGAGCUGAACGAAGGAGAAGCCGGCGACGGCAUGGAGUUCUCCUCCGCCAAAAAAAUUAAGUCUGACGACACUGAAGUGCAAGAAAUUUUGGCCAAUGCGGUGGCCUCGGGUGGAGCACCCAUCUCCGAAGAAGGUGCGGCAGCAGUGGUCAGCAGAUCAGAUGGACAUACAGAUGGGACGACCAAUGAUGGCGGAACUGCUUGCUCGGCGCCCUCUGUACUUAGCAUUGUGACCACCACGAAACAUCACGUACUGCUCUAUUUGCAACGCUGUUACAAAAACUACCAGGCGGAGUGUUCCCGGAAAACUGCCAACACCCAAUCAGCCUUGCAAUUGGCAUUCGAGAGUGUGAUGCGAAUGGCAGUGCUCGUGCUCACCGACCGCAUUUACCAGAAUCUCAAUAGCCACAUGGAUCAAUCGGCGCUUUUGGAGCUUAUGUACACGGACAAAAUAAGCGAGUCCUUCCUGAUCGAUCUUGUGGCCCACACAUACCAGGAUCGUGAUGUCUUUGACGCGAUUUUUGGCCAGGUGCUGCGGGGCCUUUUUGCGGGAAUGCAGCGCAACAUUUGCACUUCCAAGAUAAACGUACAUCAAAUCGACUGGCUGGCCAAACUGGUGGUCAUUAAAGUGGGAAACAUUAGGCCCAUUGCUGAUCUUGUGUCCCGGCAGCCCAACUUCCUGCCGCCCAUCUGCACCAAAAUCUCUGGCAGAGAGAUCGUCAAGUGCAGUUUCCUGGGUCCCUUCCUUUCCGUUUCGCUGUUUGCAGAGGAGAACGUGAAGUUUGCAGAGUUUUGUUCCAAGAACAAAGUGGAGGAUGCGGCCAGCUCGCGGCUCCGUUGGGAACUGCACUCUAUGCGCACCCAAAUGCAUGUAGUUUUCCACUCCCUAUGUGUUAAUGCCACCAGCCGUCCGAGGACGCUCGAGUACAUCUCAAAGAUCCUGCGCCUUAACGACCGUCGCGUCCAGUUUGCCAGUGAUGAGAAGCUGCUAGCCAGAGAUGGUUUUGUGAUCAACAUGAUGAGCGUACUGCAGCAGCUGGCAGUGAAGAUCAAGCUGGACCGAGUCGAUCCGAACUUCCACUACUAUUCAAACUCGCUCAUCAACGUGGAGCAGGACACUAAAAUUCGUUACAACGACGAGGAGUACCGUAAUUUCCUGGCCCGCGACUUUGCCCAGCCUGUUCCGCUGGAAAAUGCUAACUUCCAAACACAAUGCUGGUUCCUCACGUUGCAAGCCCAUCACCUGGGCUACCUGCCCGCCAUCCAGCGAUAUCGCCAGAAGGUGCGGGCCAUCAAGGAGCUGCAGAAGCUCAUCGACGAGUUGGACCGCAGUAAGCCCCACUGGGUCAACUCCCGUUAUGCUAGCCGCAAUAAUCAGUUCAAGGAACGCUGGGAGAAGCAGCUGCGAAAAUUAACUCGCUCCAAAACAUGCAGCGAAAUAACCCUUCUUGAUCCAGCUUUGCUUCAGCGCUGCACGGAAUUCUACUCCACUGUCUGCGAGUUUAUGUUGUACCAGUUCGAGGGCCGUCCCAUAGAGGGUCCGUUCAUCUCGAAGGUACCCGUGCAACAACUGAAGCCAACAGAUGCAUUUUCUGCACUGCCCGAGUGGUACAUAGACGACAUAGCCGAGUUUAUCCUGUUCACCGUGCAACACGCCAACGUUGACAUACGCCAGGGCAUUGACCACUCUAUUAUCACCUGGCUGCUUACCUGCGUCUGCGCUUCGCACCUCAUUAAAAACCCCUACGUGACUGCCAAGCUGGUUGAGGUGAUGUUCGUCUUUUCGUUAAAGCCAGCCAACUCUGUGAACACAGCAAUGUGGAACCACGAACUAGCCCAAAACGCCCUGGUCAGCGCUCUAAUGAGAUUCUACGUGGAUGUAGAAACAACAGGCCAAAGCACUGAGUUUUAUGAUAAGUUUACAAUAAGAUACCACAUAAGCCAUCUGUUCAAAUCUAUGUGGGAGAAUCCCAUUCACCGGCAAGCCGUCAUCUGCGAAUCAAGAGUGGGCAACCAGUUUGUCAAAUUCGUGAACAUGCUGAUGAACGACACCACUUUUCUGUUGGAUGAAUGCUUGGAGAACCUUAAACGCAUUCACCAGACCCAGCAGCUGCUCGCGGACAAAGCCAACCUGGGCAAAAUGAGUGCCGAGCAGCAACAGAGCCGGCUCACCCAACUGGCGACGGAUGAGCGUCAGUGUCGUUCUUACUUGACGCUGGCGCGCGAGACGGUCGAUCUGUUUCACUAUCUGACGAGCGACAUUAAGGAACCAUUUAUGCGCGCAGAGUUAGUAGAUAGACUAAGUUCUAUGCUGAACUUUAACCUGAAGCAGUUAGCCGGGCCGAAGUGCAACGAUUUGAAAGUGAAAAACCCAGCAAAGUACGGUUGGGAGCCGCGCAGCCUACUGGCCCAGAUCUUCGACAUAUAUCUCCACCUGGACUGUGAUAGAUUCGCUCAAGCCUUGGCCGCCGAUGAACGCUCCUUCGAUGUGCAAAUUUGCAAUGAGGCCGCCUCGCGGAUACAGCGCUUGGCCCUGCGCUCGGCAGUUGAGGUGGAGCGCUUCAGGGCGCUCACUCAGCGAGCCCAUGAAAUUUAUGUGGCCAACCAACAGACUGAGGAUGAGUGCGCGGAUGCCCCGGACGAAUUCAAGGAUCCGCUUAUGGACACCCUCAUGUCGGAUCCGGUGGUGCUACCCUCUGGCACUGUGAUGGACCGAGCGAUCAUCACGCGGCAUCUGCUCAACAGCUGCACAGAUCCGUUCAACCGCCAGCCACUCACAGAGGACAUGCUGGUGCCAAACAUCGAGCUGAAGCAGCGCAUAGAUGCUUGGCGAAAGGAGCAGAGCGGCAAGCGCAACAACUGCUAAUCCUAUGCUAAACCCCCCCCGCAACCCAAGUGUACGUGUACGCCUGGGACUAGUUUAAUGUGCAGUUUUAGUGUAUUACCUAUCUUCUCCAUAUAUUUAUACAUAAACACAUAAAUAUUGUGCAGGAUUAGUUUGCAAUA